CCUGACCUCUGAGAUUGUCUCAGACUCAGACCCAGUUUUUUCUUAGACUACUGCUUACCUCUCUGCAUCCAAGGAGUCCACCAUCUGCUUCUCCCUCUCUCUGUCUCUCUCUCCCUCUCUUGUGUUGUGGCCUUCCAUUUUCAAUUCCAAAGGUUUCUUUCUCAACAUGGCAACUUUUGCAAAUUACCAACAGCACCUUUCUCUCCUUGACCCAAUUUUCCUGCAAAACACCUCUGGAUUUUCCCAGGAACCAAACACCACCACCACCACCAGCUGUUUUUCUCAAUUUUACCCACUUGAAUCUCUUCAGCAGGUCCCUGUUGAUGUUAGUGUUCAUGAAAGUAAAGUUGCAUUUAGUCAUAACAAUGAGGCUUCUGUGACCAAUAAACACAGUACAGACUCUUCAUCAGUGGUUGAUAAGUCUGAAAGUGGUGAGCAAGUCACUCAAAAAUUGAUUGCCACAGCCAAGAAAAGGAAGAACAAAGAUGAAUCUUUCAUGACCUCUCUUCAAUCUAUGGAUGCAAGAGAAGUGAGAGACAAGAAGAAGCAAAAGACAAGCAAUGGCACAACUACAACAAUGACAGAUGAGAAAGAAAAGAAGCCAAAAGCUGAUAAGAAGAAGGAUCAAAAGAAAGUUCCUACUGAAGAAGUUCCCAAAGACUAUAUUCAUGUAAGAGCAAGGAGGGGCCAAGCUACGGAUAACCACAGCCUUGCUGAGAGGGUGAGGAGAGAGAAAAUAGGUGAGAGGAUGAAACUGUUGCAAGCUCUUGUUCCUGGAUGUGACAAGGUAACAGGGAAAGCCCUUGUGUUGGAUGAAAUAAUCAGCUAUGUCCGAUCCCUGCAAUAUCAAGUGGAGGUUCUUUCUAUGAAGCUUGCUUCAGUGAAUCCCAUGUUCUAUGACUUUGGAAUGGAGUUGGAUGCAUUCAUGGUUCCACAUGAGACAUUGAUGAAUUAUGAAGAGGAAUCACCAUUGCCAAAUGUGCAACAAUGCAACUCUGCUCAGUUCACCACACCAAAUAGUUAUCCUCUUCUGGACAGUUCAUCUUCUUCACUACUAUUUGAUCAUCAACAAGAGCAGAUUCCAAAUAUUUUUCCUCAGGAUAAUGGACAGCUGUUGUGGGAAGUGGAUGACCAAAAACUUUUUAAUGAAUCAGGAGAUUUCAGCAACAACUUGUGUUAUUUCAAUUAAUAUAAUACUGAGCUAUAGGUUCCCGCCAGCGUCUGUUUGCAAGGAAAUUUCACAGUAGCAAAAGUAGGGGAAAGGUCCUCAAGGUCUUCAAAACAUUUUGGGACACCCCAAUUUUAUAAAUAAGGGUCUAGAGUGAAGACCGAACCAUUCUUGGAUGAUACUGACAACAUCAAUUGUACUCUUAUGUUAAAGAUUUCAACUCUACAAAACUUCUCAUCUUCUGAUCAAUAGUUGUUCAAAGUCUUUGGUGGAUUCCAAAUGCACCAUUCGAGUGUCAAGGUGUUCAUACUUGGGGUUUCAAACGCUUGGAACUGUGUAUGUGGAUUCGGCAAAAGUAUUUCAAGUCUAUAGGUUGAGAAAUUGCGUCUUGUAAUUGAUCAUUUAUAAUAGUGCUAAGAGAUAGAACCAGGAUUUUGACUUGAGAUGAGCCAACAUUUGGCUCUUCUUCUUCAUAGAUUAUUCCGAUACAUAUUUUUUGGCAACGAAAUCAUUUCCUCCCAAUUCCUAUCAGUGAAAUAUUUCUUUCUUUGUUGAGAUU